AAUUAUUUUCGCGUUGUGUAUCUAGCUUUUACAUAUUCUCAUUUUCUAAUAAUCGCGAUGGAAAUUUGUUCGCGCGUUGCGAACUGCUAUUUACAGAAUACACAAACAGGGACGAAAAGCCAAUAGGGGAGUUGCAUGUCGUUGACGACAAUUCCCAGCUUUCAUAUAAAUCUCGAUUCUCCAACUUUAAAUCAAUCUUUACCAAGAAAAACGCAUGCACUUUAUGUGUCUCCAGGGACUAUUAUAUCGCUUUUUUGUUAUAUGAUUUGAUAGUAUAUUAUAUCAGUUGUGAUUCGAAAAUUCAUAUUAUUCGCAGCUCAUCUACUCUCUAUUCGUAGAUCAAUCCACAAAAUUGUAAUCCGUAUUCAAUACAAAAUAUUUAAGGAGAGUAAUUUCGUGGAUUGAUUUUCGUCUCGCCAGCAAAAUUAUUAUUCCGUCCAUUAAUAUCCGUUGCUCGUUUUAUUAAAAAUACAGGAAGAAGAGCAUUUCUCGCAUGUUUCUCGCCGUAACAAUGACGUGGAUUUAUCGUUCGCGUCGGUAGCGAACGAUGGUCGUGUCAAUUUCAAUUUUUCGCGGACACGCAACGAUAUCAACUGGCAGAUAUUCGUAUCGCGAUCGGAAAAAUACAUCGAGCCGGAGCUCGGGGAUGGAAUCGCUUGCACGUGGUUAAGCGUGACUCCGUGGCUCGUUAUUAGCGAUGCGGUUUCGAUUUAUCUAAGGGAGGCUGGUGGCCCUUCCGACACAAAGGCGCGGUUCAAUCUCUCCGCUCUCGGGUAACCCAUCCUUUUUCCCUUGGGCGAUCGAUCAACCCGCAAGGUCCGAUGUAUUAAUAGCCUCGGUAUAAAUUUACGCGUGUAGAAACGGACGAGCGUCGCGACACACGGAGACGGUGUUCCUUUUUCUCUGCUAUCGUUUCUUCGUUAUUUCCUAUUCUUCAUUCCCGAUUGUUUCGACGAGGGCGAGGGAAUUAUUGUAUUUCUUGUCACAUACAUCGUUCUCGUUUUCUUUACCCUUCAUUCUUACGUUAAACGUUCGUAUAGAAGAUUCCUAGCUGGCUGUCCUACGAUUAAUUAUACUCUGAAAUUAUUGCAUGACGAGGAGCAAGUUUCAUUACCUAGGAUAUACGAAAUUUCAGUACAAAACACCUUGGCGCUCUGACUCGCGCGCUCUGCACAUUUCCUCGCAUCCGUAACAAACAAGAAAGAUAAUUAGCGAGAUAAUUAGUCCUGCUUCUGGUAGACCGCUCCACGUAAGAACGGUUUCGUUAGAAAUUAGCAAAACAUUCUGUACCGUACGUUCACUAAGUAUUUCGUCGCUUCGCAAAGAAUAGAUGUUCAAUGCAAUUCAAUUUUUAACACAUUGCGGGACGCGAUUAAUUAUAUUCUUUUUAACGAGCGUACGUUAUAUUCUGUUGCAAUCGUUUCAAUCAACGUGGGAGUACGCGGUAACGUGCUCGCGAGAAGCUAAGUCAGCACGAACCGUCAUGCCGCACCCGCGGUGCUCUGAGAUUAUCCAAGAUCGAUGUCUCGACCUCGGUUUUGCGUAUCGAGAGAAGAGCCACGUUCUUUAAUCGAUCCCUUCUAUAUACUCUCGGUUCAGGUGGAUAAAAAAAAGAAACACGGUGGUGUGUGCUCGUGUAUAUGUGUGCGCGGUCCAGAAAGGGAAAGUCGAUGAAAGUUUAAAGCUGGUGGUGCAUUCGCCGAUUGUUCGCGGUGAAUCGCGAGGGAUAACGACCAGUGUUAGGUGAAAAGUAUUCGUAUGAUGCCGUUAGGCGAGUUUCGGUGAAGACCCAAGUGCGUCCAUCGCGAUUAAAAGUGGAAUCCAAAAGGGGAAUCGGGUACCGCGCGUACGAACGAUCGAGUUUGCCCGGUCGCAACGCUCGCCGUCCCGAGAGUAUCAACGUCAACCUGUCGGUCUCCGAGGUUCUGAGCCUCCUGGACCACGCCGACGACGACGAGGUCCUCGCUGGCACAUCCGAAGAGAACCGGAAGCGUGCCCUGUGGCAGUUUUACUCCACAGGAAUGCUCACGCACAGCCACAGCGACGGCGAGUUCCCGAUUUAUUCACAGGCAAAAAAGCAAAAUGGGGCGGCGUUGCGGACGAACAGUUUGGGCUCGGGGGCGAGAACGCCACCACUCGAGAGGAAAAGCAAAUUUUCAGCCCUCGGUAGACUCUUCAAACCGUGGAAAUGGAAACGGAAAAAGAAAUCGGAUAAAUUCGAAGCUGCCUCAUUAUCGCUCGAGAGGAAAAUUUCUGUACGAGCCAGCAGAGACGAGUUGGUACAGAAAGGAAUUUUGUUGCCCGUGAUAAGGACCACGUCGUUUCCGGAAAAUGAGACGGCCAGCGACUCGCCGGACGGUCAGAAACCUCCCACGCCGCAGCAGACCCCUCAGCAGCAGCAACAGCAACAGCAGCAACAACAAUCGCAGCAGCAACAGCAGCAGCAGCAGCAGCAACCGGGCACGGGGGUGCACGCCGGCGGUGGCGGCAACCCGGCAUCGACCCCCACGUCGACCAGUAACACGCAGCAAUCCCAGCAAUCCCAGCAAGCAGGAUCGGCCACGCCGACCCCCACGACUGCCAACCCGCAUUCUACAGGACCGCCCAGCAGCAAUCAACCCUCGCCGCAUCCCUCGCCCCUCUACCCGGGAAUGCCGCAGCCUGGCCAGCCGAACGGUAGCACGCAAGAGCCGAAGAAGGAAAAGACUGAACAGAGUGCAAAUGGCGCGGUAUCGCCGAGCGGUGAGCCGCAAUCGAAUCAGGGCACGGCUACGAUCGGCACCACCGGUAGCGUGCCGGUCACGGCCUCCACCCCGAAUUCGGGAGAUCACCAAAAGCCGAGCAGGCCGAACACCCUGGAAGCCAGGGUGAUGGCCGGGAGACUGAUCUUGUUCGACAUGGACAAGGGAGUUCUAGACCAAAGCAGCGAGAACAACCAGCAAGUGAUAGAGAGGUGUUACCCCCUGCCGCCUCAGAACACGUUGAUGCUCUCGGAACUUCCGGAACCGCCGAUACCGUUGAGCGAGAUCGGCCCGAUUCCGCCGCCUCCGAUGUUCAGCUCCUCGAGUCCUACCCUGUUGAUGGGCAGGCAACGACGAACACGGCCUCGUCGUUUCACGUGGGAGCCUUACGAGGCUGACGAGGACGAGGAGGAGGUGGACGCGGAGGAGGAGGAUAACAUGUACAACAUGCCGAGGAUGUCGCAGCCGGACCCGAGCAUCGACACAUCCAGGUUCGAGGAGAUACCCGCGAAGGAGCCUAAGUUUCACGCGGUGCCGUUGAAGAGCGUACUAAAGAAACGAAGCUCCGGUAGCGGGCCGGGCACGCCGCAGAACACGCCGACGCAGGAGAACAGGCCGUUGACCCUUCGCCAGGAGUUGCACGCCUCGUUCGUGUUAGCCAAAAGGCCACCGUUGAGGCCUAGGAUGAGAAUAUGCAGUCGACCGGUCAGAUUUGGACUGGCUUUACCUUGCACCCUUGAGAACAAGGAGAACGCGAGGCCAUACGUGAUAAGGGAAGACGCGGACGGCGAGCCGGGGGACGGCCAGGUGCUCUACAGGGACGAGUAUGAAGAUGAGAAAAGCCGGUUGGCAGCAAAGAUUGCGCGCAAGGAGUCGUUGUCGUUGAAGCUUGCCCUCAGGCCAGACAGGCAGGAGCUCAUCAACAGGAAUAUCCUUCAGCUGCAAACAGACAAUGAAAAGCAGGAAACGAAGCAGGCGAUUGGUGCCAAGCUCAUCAGGCGGCUGAGCAUGCGGCCGACCCAAGAGGAACUUGAGGAACGAAACAUUUUGAAAAAACAAAGUCCUGCAGAGGAGAAGAAGCAGAAAGAGGAGAAGAAACGGUAUCUCCUGCGGAAACUCAGCUUUCGACCAACUGUCGAGGAGCUCAAGGAGAAGAAGAUCAUCAGGUUCAACGACUACAUCGAAGUGACGCAGGCUCACGAUUACGACAGGAGAGCGGACAAGCCCUGGACGCGAUUAACACCGAAGGACAAGGCGGCGAUCCGGAAGGAGCUGAACGAGUUCAAGAGUUCGGAGAUGGCCGUUCACGAGGACAGCCGACACCUCACUAGGUUCCAUAGGCCAUGACAUUUGCAAUGUGUACAUGAGGUGCUACAGUGUUUGCUACAGUGGUAUAAGAAUAGGUGAAGGUGCGGUAUUGUGGCCUCGCGUCGAGGCUGAAUAAGAAAAAUGAUGUAUAUCUCGGUUGACCGUGGCUUUCGUGAGUCAAUUCACGACGGAGGAGUUUCGCGCGUUAACUCCUCGGGCACGGUGACGGUGAUUUCGUUCUUUUUUUCUUUUUAAUUGACGUCGCCGCGUCGUGUUGUCAUUCGUCGUAAAUCGUGUCACGCAUCAUCAAGUAACAGCCAGUUCAUCGUGGAUCAUUCGCGUCGAACGACGAACGUCUCCAUGACGUCGACGAAGAUUGUGAUAGAGCGGUCCCGAUGGAUGAUUGUAGAAGAAGAGGAAAUGAAGGAAUAUUUGAAGAAAGAAGAGUUUGCAAGGAAGGAUCACUAAUUUCUCUUAGUUAUGAUUCGUAUACACUCGAGCUUGUCCGACUCGUCAAAAUAAUGUAAUAUUUCAAGCGUUCAAAUUCUCGUUUCAAUUCGUUCGAUGCCAAAAAAGAAAGAAGAGAGAAGAUGAAUUAUAGAGGUAAUACCUCGGAUAUUCACUCAUUAGAAAUUUGCAACUUGGAGAAUCAAACGUUGUAUGUAUAUAAUAAGAUCCUCUUUUGUACGAGAAUAAAGCUCGCCGUUCAAGAACAUAGAUAGUAAUUUGUUCUAUCGUUCCAGUUGACAAUUUAUGGCGAGAGAUAUCUUUGAAGUAAACAUACAGAUUUUGAAAAUAAUGAAGUAGAUAGAUCAAAGAUGACGUGACCAACGAAAAAAAAAUUUUGGCUGGCGUUUAGCUCGCGUGUAAACGGAUCUUUCCGUAGAUUUGACGGUACACCGUGAGAACUUCUCUUUUCCAUCAAGCUAGCUCAUCAGUGUCACCUGGCAUCAAAACAAACGCGUAUAUGUAAAACGAUUCUUAGAGAUCGAAGAUAAAUGGUUUUAACGUUCGUGUGACAUGAUGAUAAAUACCUGGGUAUUACAGUUUCUCGAAAUGCUCGACGUGACAAACGAGAUCGGGAAUAGAAGAAAAUAUACAUACAUAAAAUGGAACGCCGUCGAUUAAAGAGAUUGGUUUUAACUUUUUCUAUUGUUUUAAAAGUAUAUGUUAGUUGGAUCGGAGAUAUUUUUAUAUUUGUUGACGUUUAACAGACGGAGAAACAAAAAGUAUUUGUUGAACAAAGCGAGACGAGUUUACGCACUUUGUUUUUAUCGAAACAAACGAAUGAAAAAAAACCCAAAAAAAUGAAAAACGAUAACUAAAGCUUUGCGGUAUGUAUGUAUAUGGCGGCUGUUAAUGUAAUUUAAUCGAUACGAUUUUACGGAUCGUCAUUUUAAAUCGACUAAUUUUAAUAAUGGUGAAUUCGUUGUUCGUGUCAUGCUGGAGAAUCGUUUACUUGUGUAGUUUUAUUACGAGUUAAAGAAUCGUUCCAUUCGAUAAGCGCGGACAGAGGUGACGUCCUGUGUAUUCGACAACUGUGCGAAUUAAUCUAUGACAAUCUUGUUCGAAUUGACAAGAAAAAAAAAUACUAUUUUUUUCUUUUUACUGCCAGGUAUCACUAUUUCUCUAUUCGCGAAUCUGCCUUGAAGGGCGGCCGCUUAUUGACUUAUAUUAUACGAAACAAAGUACGGAAACACGAAAGAGAAGGAGCGAUAUCACGUGAAGAAAACGGAUACGAAUUAAGGAAUGCGUUCCGUUUUCGUGAAGGGAGGAAAGAGAGAACGAACAAAAAAGAUGAAACCGAAGUGAUGAAAAUAUGCAUUGUGCAAUUACACACUUUGUACAGAAAUAAUAUACAUAGCGCGUACGUUAGUGGUUAUUAAUUAUUGUUAUUGUCAUCGCUAUCGACGCUGCGAUCAAUCGUUGAUUUUUCGAUCACGCAUUUCGAUCGUGGAAGCAUCGGACUUGCGAAGCGGUAAAUUGAAUAAGAAAAAUACAAUUGUCUACGCCAUCGAUCGUAGAAUAGCGAAGAUACGAAGGAGAACGUUCUGAGAAUUUUCUUCACCUUUGUGUCACUGUUCGGGUCGAUGUGAUCAUUCGAAAUUUUGUUAUACGAACAGCAAAUAAAUUUUCCUAUUUCACCUGUCCAAUUCCUUUCGGCUCUCAGAUUUUGAACAAAUACGAACAAAUUUUAUUAUCAAUUGUCUGUAAAAAUUAUUUAUCAAGUAUAUAUUUUAAACAAUUAUUUUAAUCGUUUAUGUAAAUACGAGAAUUUCCCUCCAUCCUUUAUUUCAUAAUUUAAGCAAUUGAUCAGAAACCUCUAUGGAGAGAAUAAAAUUUUAACAUUUUCAUUAGAGCACGUUCUUAAUUAUGAAUACACGAUUCUUCAGUUUAACCCAAAUUGGAUUGAACAAUAAUUCCGGGAGCAACGUAGAGAAUUUUAUACAACAUUCAACUCAGACAAGGCACAAGGGCAAGAAAACGAAACGGAAGAUCGAAAUUCGCUUCGAUGUAUUGCUCGCUUAAAAGCUCCCCUUGAAGCUUUUUGUCAUUGCAGCAUGUGAUCGUCAUCCGUUCUUAAAAGCUGGUGUAAAUUCGCGUCGAAACCAAUUUGCCAAAAAAAAGGAAAAACGAAAAAAAACGGAGAAAAUCUCUGACACCUUCUGUUUCGAUGAACGUCGUGCGAUUAGAAGAUAAUCAAUCUUAUAGACACGAACGAGGAGGAAUCAUAGAGAAGACAGUUAAAUCUAUUAAAACUGGUUCUUCUUGUCGAGAGAUCAGAAUAUUUCAGUCAUUUUCGCGACAUUGGAGAAUUCGUAUUCUUCCUCUGUCUGAACUCGAGUCACUCGAGUUUCCUCCUGCGGACGUUGAGUCGUGGCAAACGACAAAUCGAUUUUUCCUUCUAAAUAGUAAUCUAGUUUUAACGAUCACCCAAUGUGGUGGGAGAGGAUCAGUCAAUAAACGAUCCUUCUCUCGUGAACCCGUCGGUGAACUCAGUUGUUCGAUAUUAUAAGCAAGCAAGCAGAGCAAAAAAAAAGUAAUGAAAAUAAAAUAAUAGAAAUUUUCGCGGUCGUCGAAGGUGUCAGCCGAAUAGAUAAGAAGGCGAUGAGAAAGGGGUCGAAGGGAGAAUAAGGCGAAGACCUCAGUGAACCACGGAGACGUACGUGAUUAGGGGAACGAUGUAAGAAAAGCAGAUAGGGGGAUGAGAAAAGCGUUUCUCUCUCGUUCCAUAGGUCGAGCGUUGUGGCUACCGUGUAGUCGAAUUAACUGUAUCCAAUUCAUUUUUCCGCGUUGUCUGCUGCGUGAUGUGUGUGCACAGUGAGUAUGCGUGUUUAAUUAAAUUCGGAGAGAAAAUGUGCGAGAGAAGGUGAGAUUCGAUUGGCAGAGAUCGAUAAUGUUUUAGGGGAUGGAAACGAGUUUGUAUAGGAGGACGAGAGUAAAUAUGGGAAAAAUUAAGGAGAGAAUAUUUAAAGGAAAUUCUCUUCAGAAUUUUCUGAUUUUGUUCGUUUACUUUCUAGUUUCUUUUCCUUGUUUGCUUCCUUACCUUGAACAAUCUCUAUUCGUUUUCGUCGCGAUCAACUAUCCAGGAUAAACGAUUUAUUAGCAACGUGUACAGGAUACGAAACGCAAUGCGUAAUAACUAACUAGACGACGAGCGAUUUGUAAAUAAUAGAAACUGAAGAGGGACGAUUCUUAGGCGUAAAGAAAGAAAAUGAAACACAUACCGUAAUAGUGAUCCACGCUAUGAAGAAAAAAAAGAACGAUAUUACGCGUGCCAGGAUGAGUGAAUAAUUUAUAAGUAUUCAGCUCUAGAUGAGAGUAAAAAGAAAUUAAAGAAAACUGGCGUCCUAAACGCGAGCGACAUACAACCAUAUAAAUAAUAUAAAUACUAUACAUAUAAAUAUAUACAUAGAUAUAUAUAUUAUUAUAUUGAAAUAUGCAAGCAGUGUGUGCGUUUUUCAGCACAGAUAGUUGGUAUUUUGUGUACAAAAAAAAAUAAUGAAAGGUGAAGCAAGGAGAAGAAUGGGAAAAAGUAGCACGAACAAACAAGCUCAGAAAGAACAAUUUUGUUAAAUACUUUCGCCGCGCCCUAUCCGCUCUGCGUGAUCAUAUUAUUAUUAUUAUUAUUAUUAUUAUUUUAUUAUUCUUAUUAUACAUUAGUAUUGUAUUCUAAUUAUCGUAUUUUUAUCUAUUAUCAUGAUUUGUGUAGUAGGAAAGGCGCGAUGAAAUUAUUCGACAGCACUGACACAAGAGGACGAACUCUGUUGUAGGAGAACGAAUAACGUUCCCAAGCAAACCGAAAAUGCAGAUACUCUAUUUCAUCUAUAAGAAAUACUCCUUCCUAUCACACGUCUCUCUGCCAUGAAUUAUAUAUCAGUCCCAUUGAAAUUAGAUCCUCUCUAUCAGAGCCGUGCAUUUUCGAUUUGCUCAAUCUUUUAUGCGAUUUGUCGCGCCGGCUCGAUUACCUCAGGAUCCGUGAUAGCGUCUCGUUAUUGUAACGGUUUGGAUUUGGAUUGCAGGUUUGGAACUUGACGUUUUUAGACAUUGAAUUAAAUAUAUCCCUAAUUAUUUAUACGGUUUAAAAUAGCUGCAUUAAAAUUACAGUUUUUUAAUAUCGAGAAUUCCCGAAACUCGACAAGUUUAAAAUACUAUUUAUAAAAAGAUAUACAUUUACCAACAAAUAAGAGAAUACAAAGUUUUUUGGUAUUAAUAUAUGACACUACAAAAAUUCUUGUAAAGUAAAAAUCGUGGGUCGCGUGAAGUCGAGCUGGCGCCUACGCAGGAGUAAAAAAGAAAGGAAUAGUGAGAAAGAGUGAAGUAAAAGUCAGGCUGUAAAAAAGAAAUUGUCGCGAUCAGUGGCCGUGCCAAAUACGGCCGAUUCUACUUGUAUCAUAAUCUCUUACGAUAACCCUAUUAUUAAACAAUAACGAAGAAAAGAAAACCGUAACAACAAUAAGAAAACUCGUAAUUUAAGUGAGCGUGAAUAGACACAAAAAAAAUACAUACACUCGGAAAGAGACACACACAGAAUGAGAGAGCGUGAGAAUGCGAGCGGAAGAAAGAAUGCGUGAGGAUUAUAAAUCGUGCGACGAGCAUAUACGCGAGUUAGUGACUGCUGUGUCAUUAAAAGAAACUCGUAACCACGAACGGGAUCCACGGCUUUCAGACGCUGGUCUCUCGAUAUUUAUUCUUACCUCUUAAUCCGUCUUUCCAUUUUUAAUCGAAACCAGAAAAUACUUGAUUAGAGAAAUAUCCAAUCCGUAUCUCUAAUCCUGUUUGGAAAUUUUCAUUCUUCCGUAAUUGAUUUUUAUUGAUUCGCGAUAUUUGCGUAUUUAUCAGAAAAAUUUUAUCACAGGUGUUUUAUAACAUAUGAGUCGUUUUUUUAUCAAGAUCUAUUUUAAAAUAAUCUUACGAGAAAUUGACGAGUUUUAUAUACUUUUAUCUGUUUUUUUAUUAAGAUUUAAUUGGAAUAUAUUUUAAAAUGUCCAAGUGUAUACACUCUCUUAUUUAAGGAAAGUGCAAACGAACAAAAAUAUAUGGACAUAAAAACAAAAUAACCAUCUGAACAGUGUAGGGAGAAUAAUAAAAGAAAGAAGUAAUCAGCAAUGCGUGUCUUCUUCCCCACAGCCAAAAACGUUGAUCGGAAAGAAAGAAAGAAAGAAAAGAAG